AAGCGUGAGCUUUACUUAGGAGAUGAGUAUAACGGGCAGUAAUGGCGAAGAGGCGCCGUAAGGACAGGCGUGGGGAUAGGAUUAAAGUGAGGAUGUCAGAUGGGGCUAACCAUCCAAAUGAGGACCCUUCCAUUCAGGUAGAGGAGAAGUCUUUUGACUAUAAGGACAGUACCAGUGGAGUUUUGGGGGAAACCAAUGACCCAAUGUCCAGUCCCGAUGGAAGCAAUACAAGGAUGAUCUGUUCUGUAAAAGGGGCCUCAGGAGCCCAAAGUCCUACAGCAGAUAAUACUGAUACAUACAGAGGAUCUGCACCAAAUCCUAACAAAAAUAGAGAAAAAUUCAGUGAAAACCUGAAGGCAAAAGAGGAAGAGCAAACCCAAAGGAAAAACGUUCCCUUUCCUACUAUGGAGGAAGAAGACGAGGAACCUAGAUAUAGUGAAGACAUCCUCCAAAAAGCAAUGGAGUUAUGUGGCCUACAAAAUGAGGGCGGGAUCCCUCAAACACAAGCCCUUGAUCUUUCCUUGGCCCUUUCUGAAGACUUGAAGCUUCCCGAGACGUUCUUCACUCUUCCUACUGAGAUCCAAACGCCUCCUCAGUAUUUUCCAUCUUAUGGGAGGACACUGGUGCCGAUAAAGCAGGAACCAAUUCCCCUUCAGUAUUUACCAUCUUAUACACCAGCUCAAAUAGAACCGGACCAAACUCACCAGUAUUUUCCAUCUUAUGGUAGGACACCGGCUCAAAUAGAACAGGACCAAACUCACCAAUAUUUUCCAUCUUAUGGGAGUACACCGGCUCAAAUAGAACAGGACCAAACUCACCAGUAUUUUCCAUCUUAUGGGAGGACACCGGCUCAAAUAGAGCCGGACCAAACUCACCAGUAUUUUCCAUCUUAUGGGAGGACACCAGCUCAGAUAGAACCGGACCAAACUCACCAGUAUUUUCCAUCUUAUGGGAGGACACCGGCUCAAAUAGAACAGGACCAAACUCACCAGUAUUUUCCAUCUUAUAGAAGGACACCAGCUCAGAUAGAACCGGACCAAACUCACCAGUAUUUUUCAUCUUAUGGGAGGACACCGGCUCAGAUAGAACCGGACCAAACUCACCAGUAUUUUUCAUCUUAUGGGAGGACACCAGCUCAAAUAGAACAGGACCAAACUCACCAGUAUCUUUCAUCUUAUGGGAGGACACCGGCUCAAAUAGAGCAGGAACCAACUCAGUUUCAGUAUUUACCAUCUUUUGGGAGCACACCGGUUCCAGAACAGCAGGACCCAGCUUACUUACAGUAUUUACCAUCUUUUGGGAGCACACCGGUUCCAGAACAGCAGGACCCAGCUUACUUACAGUAUUUACCUUCUUUUGGGAGCACACCGGUUCCGGAACAGCAGGACCCAGCUUACUUACAGUAUUUACCUUCUUUUGGGAGCACACCGGUUCCGGAACAGCAGGACCCAGCUUACUUACAGUAUUUACCAUCUUUUGGAAGGAUGCCGCUUGUGAAGCUCAAUACAGAAGAAGUCUCCUUUACACUACCUCCAUCAGAGUCGGGAAAACCCUACGACCCAUGUGGAUAUAACAAAAGUGGUAACCCAAAAAGGCCAAUGAAUGCUUACAUGAUAUGGGCACGAAUUCACCGUUCAGCACUGGCAAAAGCCAACCCUACAGCCAGUAAUGCCAGCAUCACCCUCUAUUUAGGUUGGGUAUGGAGAAAAUUAACUGAGGAACAGAAGAGACCGUAUUACGACGAGGCCCAGAAACUGAAAGCGAAACAACUUGAAAUGUUCCCAGGUGAAGCUGUUAAAUUGCCUACUUCUGCCAGCAAUACUGCAUCCACCCCACCAAAGCCGCCCAGCAUACCUUCAGAGAUGGAAAUGGAUACAAAGCAAUUCCUGGAAGCAUAUCACCCCAGUUCCGUCCAGUCGUCAGAACAGUUGUGUGAACCUCUGGAAACACCUUGCCUGCCUGAUGAUCUACAUUAUCCCAUAGUGCAGAAUAGGCCACCUGACUUGAUACCACCACCUCCUACUCUACCGUGCCCUCUUGUGUACUCAGGUUACUUUGGAUAUCCUCUACAAUUUGCUUUCCAACAACCUCUAUUCCUGCCUAGGACACAUUUUUUUCUUUCACCUAAAUAAGAUCACAUACUGUGUAGAUCGCAUUAAGAUGGUGAACAUUUAAGGCAUAUAGGGCUUUCUCCAUUCAUUUAUGACAUGGUUGGCCAUAUUAGUUGUUAUGUAAUAAUACAUCUUCCCUGGGCAGCUCUGUGGCAUCGCCUGGUACUAACACCACAUCACCCAGGAUUCCAGAAGCUGGCACUGUUAUUUGGGAGAUGAACACACAAUGCCAAAAUAUCACACCGGUAAAAGGGUAAGUGGAAACAUAAGAGUAAAAUAAAUCAAAUAAAUAAUUUUACUGUUACGAUAAUUAUUAUUAU